GAGAGAGAGAGAGAGAGGGAAAACAAAGGAAAUCAAACUGAAGCUCCCUCCAGCAUUUAAACGCAGCGACAGGCGCCAUUUCCGUCUUCUAGGGUUCCUCUCGUUUGCUCGAAUCUCUCCGUCCGUCUCUGAGAUUUCCGUUUUCUCUCUCUUUAUAUUUCGUUUGGCUGCAUCAAAUCCAAAACCAAGAAGAUCUCGUUUCAAACGCUUCUUUGCUUUUCUCGUUCUGAUUCAAUCAGUUUCCGUUUCAUUCCCAAGAACAGGUUGGGAGAGACACUUUUCAAUAUUCGUAUGAAGGAUGAACAAGGAAAACGCCUGGGGGACGCCGCAUUUGGAAGGAAUUACUGAAGAACAAAGGGCCAGAAUCACCCAGAAUUUCAGGGCCGCAAAGGCACUUCUCGCUCGUAAAAGGCCGUACGAAGCCACGCCCAUUCUCCGAAAAAUCUACAAUGAGAAAGUCGAAAGACAUCCACCUGAGGAUGUUCAAAUAAACAACCAUUCCCCUAUCUCUUCUAAUGGGUCCGGGUUAUUAGACAUCGCGUGCAAUAGUGGAUCUUGCACCAAAAGAAGGCCUAUCAAUGAUGGGGACACUUCUGCACAAUUUGGUGCACGGAUUGAAGAAAUCACUGCUGAAAAUGGAUCCACGUUGGUGUGCGUCAUCACUCCGAAGAAAGAAUCCGAACGAUGCAGUUACAGUGACGACUUUUCCUCACCCAGUGUUUUAGAUGAAGAUUAUGAUGAAACGAUUUUGAAAGAAAUCGAUGCUUUAUGUGAACAACAGUCAACAGCAAAGAAGGAAGGCCAUCGCCCACAGAGCAAUGUUUUCAUUGAAAGCGAGUGCAAGGCAUGUGAUGAGAGCAGUGCUGAUGCUUCUAGUAAUUUGGGGGCUGUUACUGCUGAUAAAUUGCAGGAAGAUGAUAAUGUGGCAGAAAUUACAGCAGUGGAAUUGGAGGAAGAAGGAUCAAGUUCUUUUCAAGCCACUCGAAGAGGUUGCAUGCCCAAAGCAUAUGCAGAAUACAUGCAAACACUGAAUGAGAUGCAGAAGGAGGCAGCUUGUAGUGAUAUUUCAACCCCCUUAAUGAUUGUAGCUGGCCCAGGAAGUGGAAAGACCUCGACCAUGGUCGGCCGUGUGUUGACAUUGCUUAAAGAGGGAAUUGGUCCGACCCACAUUCUGGCCAUGACAUUCACUACUGCUGCCGCGUCUGAGAUGAGGGAUCGAAUUGGAGCAGUGGCAGGAAGAGCGAUCGCAAAGGAACUAACAAUCAGCACUUUCCACUCAUUUUGUUUGCAACUCUGCCGCUCACACGCUGAGAAGCUGGGUCGCACUUCUGAGUUCCUAAUAUAUGGGCACGGGCAGCAGAGACGAGCGAUAAUUGAGGCCGUGCGCUUGAUGGAGAAUGCAAGGAAGACUGGACCAAAUUGUGGUGCCAGUGAACUUGAGGAAGACUCUAGUGGUAUAUCUGGCAAUGCACAGUCUUUCAAAGACAAGUCAAAGAAGUGGCACAAGUUUGUGACCCAGGCUAAAGCUUCUGGAAAGACCCCUAUGGAAUGUCGAACAAUGGGAGAUGAGAUAGGAGCUGCAAUUCUUGGGAACUACAAUGAUAUUUUAAGAUCCUGUAAUGCUCUGGAUUACCAUGAUUUCAUCAGCUCUUCAGUAAAGCUACUAAAUGAUUUUCCUGAAGUGUACAAGGAGUGUCAGGACACAUGGAAAGCCAUAGUAGUAGACGAGUUUCAGGAUACAAGUGCCAUGCAGUAUGGUCUUUUACGUUUACUUGCAGCUCAUAAUUGCAUAACUGUUGUUGGUGAUGAAGAUCAGUCCAUUUUCAGUUUCAACGGGGCUGACAUUUGUGGCUUUGAUUCAUUCCGUAGAGAUUUUCCAGCCCACAAAGAGAUUAGGCUAACUAAAAAUUAUCGUUCAACACGCUGUAUUGUUGAGGCCGCUUCAUCUCUUAUCCACCAUAAUGUAAAACGAUGCCAGCUCAAGCAAGUUGUAACUGAUAAUUCCUCUGAUUGCAAAAUUACUGUCAAGGAAUGCCACAACGAGGAUGCGCAAUGUGCAUUCGUUGUUGAUAAAAUCUUAGAACUCACGUCCGCUAGCUUGGACACUAAGUGUUCCUUUGGUAACAUUGCAAUUCUUUAUCGACGACAGGUAUCAGGGAGAGCAUUCCAGACAUCCUUCCGCAGUAGGAAGAUACCUUUUAACGUUCAUGGUGUGGCCUUCUACCGGAAAAAGGUAAUCAAAGCCAUUAUGGCAAUGCUUAGAACAGCAUUGCCUGGUUGUGAUGAUGGGCCAUUUCGUCAGGUGUUCAAGGUGUUAUUACCUGGCGAGAAGGAAGAAAAGAAGAGGGUUAUUGACUAUAUUGACAAAAUAGCCACUACAAGGAAAUGCAGCUUUGUAUCAGCUGCCUGUGACAUCUUUGGUGCAAAGAUUUCGGGUACCUUCAAAAGGAGUCAACUUACCCAAGGACGCAAGGUGUUAUUUACGCUAGAUAUGAUAUCAAAACUCAUUCAAAGAGAGCAAUCAAUUUCAGCAGUCAUAACGUCGGUGGUAAAUGUGUUACCUCAGAAAUACCUUCUUGAACAACGUGCAGUUGUUGAUGUAGAAGGUGGAAAACUGUUAAAUGAAGAGAAUGACCUGAGAUCGGUCCUUCAAUACCUAUUGGAUGAUGUGUCUGAUUUCUUGUCUACACAUUUCGGUAAUGCAGAAGUGGGAAGAGAAUGUACAACAAAAGAGAAAGGCUGUGGUAAUGUACUUAAGGCUUUUAUUGACUAUAUAUCUUCAAGAGAGGUUGAAAAUUUUCGGACUAGGAGGCGCGACAAUGAGAAUUCUGUUACACUGACUACAAUCCAUCAGUCAAAAGGUCUAGAAUGGGAUGCAGUGUUCAUUGUGAAGGCAAAUGAUUCUGAAAUUCCUUUAUUGCAUGAAUUUAACGGUGUUGUGAAAGAAGGCGGAACUACUCUUGAGGAGGAGCGUCGGCUGCUGUAUGUUGCAAUGACUCGUGCUCGGAAGAAGUUGUACAUUUUGUAUGUUAUUAUGGAUUCCAAUUGGCAGUUGCUACAACCCUCACGUUUCUUGAAAGAAAUCCCAGACCACCUCCUUGAAGUCCAGGCUGAGCUGACUAGGAAAGGAUUGCAAGCAAAGGCUGAGGACCUUUCAAAGAGAAUUGUGCUAUCUACUACUGAUGUACCGAAACAUGAACCAUCACCUAGGGCACAUUGUCCCAUUAUUCAAAGUGAUGGUAUUGUUUCUAAUGACUCGCCAGAACUCACAGAUGCAUGCAAUGGGAACAGCUUUUUGAGGAGGUUCAACAUAGAGGACCGAUCAACUGUUUCCCAUUUAUUCCAUCAGUGGGCAAAGAAACAAGCAUUUCAAGACCCUAAGCGAUUGCUUGAUAAGGUUGGUUUCGUAAUUGAUGAACGGAUGAGAGUGAAGACAAACAAAAACAAGGAUGUUUUACGUGCGCUGAAGUCGUUCUUGAAGUGUGAUGAUGCCUUUCACUAUGCACAAUACGUGUUGAGGUGGGAGCAAAUUCCUGCUGACCAACGUGCUCAUUUAGUAAAAGAGAAACAGGAAUAUUUCCAGAAGCAAAGAAUUGAGAACUCUAUGGGUUCAUCAGCAGCUACAUCCAAACAGAUUGCUUAUCUUCAGAACCUGGGAUGCACAAUCGUGCCCACAUCACGUCUUCAUGCAUCCCGUUUGAUUGAGCAGUACAAAUCGCUCUGAAAAAUGAAGAGUUUGAUUCAAAUCUGUAAAUUUUAUUUUGGAACAAAUUGAUGGUGAGAGAGAUGGGAUUGUCAUUGUAUGUCUCUUAGUGCUAUUUAACGGUCUGUUCAUAUA